AUGACUAGAUCCUCAACAGAUAGCUCGGCUACAAAUUACUCACUUUACACUACUACAACUACAUCUUCUGACUAUGAAGAAUCAUUAUUCUCCUUGGACGAGAAACUGACAUCGUCUUUCACCAUAGACUCGUCUUUAAAUAAUUUGUACCCUGAAUUACCUUCAAACUUCAAAUUAUUAAGCGUUUUGGGUGAAGGAGCAUUCUCCAUCGUUUACAAGGCCAUCAAUUUAUUGACAAAUUCUAUAGUUGCCAUCAAGAUCAUUAACAAGACCAACUUGUCCUCGAAACAAUUAAGAAAUAUUAAACAUGAAAUCAAUAUCAUGAACAGAAUAAAAUGCCAUGGCAAUGUAAUCCAAUUGUUGGAUCAUAUUGAUUGUGCCAACAACUCAUUUUUAAUCUUGGAGUAUUGUAAUGGCGGUGAGAUUUUCGACAAGAUCUUGGAAUACACUUAUUUGUCAGAAGAUUUAUCAUGCCACAUAUUCAAACAAUUGUUGAAUGCCGUUGAAAGCUUGCAUAAUUUAAAUAUUGUCCACCGUGAUAUCAAACCAGAAAAUUUAUUGUUUAAGAAAAUCCCAUUCUUUCAGAGAUCAAACGAAGAGUUUAUUCAAAGCUUGCGUAAGUCUGAUGAUGUUAAAAAGGUCGAUGAAGGUGAAUUCAAGGCAGGUAUUGGUGGUGGUACUAUUGGUGUUAUAAAAUUGGCUGAUUUCGGAUUAGCUAAGCAAUUGGCAACUAAUACUAUUGCCCAAACCCCUUGUGGUACUACUGGUUAUACUGCUCCAGAAGUUUUUGUCUGCCAUCAUAACAACAACAUCUAUACCAACAAUAGCAAUUCGUACUCAAAGGCUGUUGAUAUUUGGUCUAUGGGUUGUGUGUUGUACACAAUCUUGUGUGGGUUCCCACCAUUUUAUGAUGAGAACAUUGAAGUCUUGACUGAGAAUGUGACAAAGGGUAGAUUUACUUUUUUGCAACCAUGGUGGGAUGAAAUUAGUCAAGAUGCUAAAGAUUUAAUUUCCAAGAUGUUGAAUAUUGAUCCUGAUCAAAGAAUAACUAUCGAAGAAAUUUGGCAACACCCUUGGAUUGUUAACCAUUCAAGUGCACACGAGCUCACGAGGAAUUAUUUUCCUCACAAUUGCGAGGACACCACCACUACCAGUGAUGAUGAUAGCAGCAAUGGUUUGGCUGUUCCAAAGGUGAACCAACCUGCUGUUUCUCCAAGAGCUCUUGCAAUCAAGAAGGUUUUCAAUAAUCCUGCUAUGACUAAUGGCAACCAUGAAGAACCUGCAAGUUACUUCAUUGAAGACAUUGCUGAAGAAGAUGAAGACGAAACACUGUCAGUACAUUCCGAGUUUGUUCCAGAGAGGGGCUACGUCAGAACUCCAUUUCCUAAAGAGGUUAACUUUAAAGAUGUAUUUAACAUUGAGAAACCAAAGUUUGAUGAAUCCGAUGAUGGGGCUGACGAAGAGGAAGAUGACGACGAUGUUGAAGAACGAAUUAGUCAAUUAAAUGACGAUGAAUUUGAUGAUGAAGUCUCUGAAUUAGGAGAUCAUGUUGGUAGUUUAAAUAUUUCCCAUUUUUCCCCACGUUAUGUUGAACUGUUCCGUGAAGAAGUUGAAGAAGAAGAAGAAGGUUAUUCUACGACCAAUUCUGUUAAUCUGGAUAAUGAUGGUAUAGGUCAAUGUCAAACUCGUUCAUCUUCAAUCAUUUCAGGUAUGAAUGGUGAUUUUAAGUUUACUCUUAACUUGAACAACUCAAACUUGUUAGCUAGAAGGAAAAACAGUACUGUUUAA